AUGGAAGAGAACUCCACACCCUCCAUUCAGGGCUCUCAAUCUGGAGCUCUGACAGUAGAGAAGUUGGAACUUCAACCAAUUUCUGAUCCUGGAAGAUCUAUCGGCCCUGGCUUGCGGGAACGCUUCGCUGCACACUUUUCAGGAACGGUCGAAACCAAAGCUGGGUACAUACCAGUCCUUGUAUGCUGUUUCACCACGGGAUUAACCGAUGGAACUGUGUACAACGCAUAUGGUACCUUCGUUUCGAUGCAAACCGGAAACACUAUAUUUGUUGCGCUUGGUACUUCGGGUCAGAAUAACAGACCGUACGGCUGGGCUCGUUCUCUUUGCUCGAUUGGAUGUUUCGCUAUCGGAUGCGUCACUUUCGCAAGACUGCACAAACUCAUCGGUGGCGCUCGCCUCCGUCGUACUGUGCUAUUCUCCUUCGCCCUGCAGACUGUCUGCGUCGUCAUUGCCGCCAUCAUCAUCCAGAGCGGUACUAUCGACGGGCGCUAUCCAUCGACUCGAGACCCCCGGGAUGUCAACUUCACGGAGUUGGCGGUGGUGGCCUUGCUUAGCUUUCAAGCUGCAGGUCAGAUCGUCAAUAGUCGUGGCCUGGGGGUGAGCGAGGUACCCACGGUGGUCAUCACAAGUCUGGUGUGCGACUUGGUGAGUGAUGAGUUGCUCUUUGCAGGCUUGACAAAGAAUGGGAAGCGCAAUCGAAGGUUCCUUGGCUUUUUACUUACCUUGCUGGGUGCAAUCGUUGGUGGCUGGAUAUCGAAGGCCACAGGUCAAGUCGGGCCUUGUCUUUGGUUCGUGGCCGCUCUCAAGGCGUGCAUUUCCCUCUACUGGGUCGGAGUGGUACCGUUGCAGAGAUUGAUAAAGGGGGCUUGA